GUUGAAUUCUUCAAAUUGCUGGCAGUUUACCAUUACUGAUAGUCAUCAACAGAUCUACCAGCAAAAUAUAAAGUUAAAAUAAAAGUUAAGUUUUCACACAAAAAAGGACCAAACUAUUACAAUAGAAAAUAAUAUUUUGAGGAAAAUUUCAUAAAAGUAAAGUUUAUCGCUUCUAGCAAACCACAUAAAAAAAAAAUAUGUUAGCAUUUUGAGAUAACGAUUGUAGUUAAGUUUAUGCAAGUGGUAAAACGUGCUAAUUACAAAAAAAAAAUAGAGUUUUAGUUAAAGCAACAACGGGGUAUAGACAACUGACUUUAUGAACCAAUUCAUAACAAAUGUAAAACAUUUGAAAGUUAUAAUUUACUGAAGAAAAAUAAUUGCGAGUGAGUUCCAAUUAAAGCCAACAUAAGCAUUUCCUCAUCUAUAAAGAAAAUAUUGGUAAAGAACGACAAAGAUGACGUCUUUCAUUAAAUCCGCCGUCACAUUCCUCAUCUGGAUCUUCAUAUCAAACAUCUAUCAAUUGAACGUUGUAGCUGAUCAACAAUCAUCAAACGCGAUGACAGAUAACGUGCAACGAACUAUGCAAGACGUGUCACCGCUCGAACAAAUGUCCAGAUAUUUGAAAUCAAAAAAGUCGUGGCAAAACUUGCAAGGGUCAUGGGGCAAACGUAAUAUUGGCUAUCCCCUGGAAGAGUACAGCGAUGAUGCGUUGAGUAAUCGAUAUGCUGAUGAUGAUCUAUUCAACGGCGACUUUCAGGAUGUGGACACUGCUGGUUAUGCGGACGACGGUGAUGUCGAACGUCAGGAAUAUUAUCCGGAUAAACGGGCCUGGAAAUCUAUGCACGGUGGUUGGGGCAAACGAAUUGGAACAUGGGGUAAGCGUGAACCUGGCUGGAACAAUUUGAAAGGUCUGUGGGGAAAGCGUUCAACCAAUUGGAACAAACUAUCAUCGGCAUGGGGAAAACGUAGUGUAUAAAUCAGUGAAGGAAACCAAAGGAAAUCAAAUGAAAUGUUGGUUGGUUGAAAAAUUGUAAUUUUCGUUGGAAAGAAAUUGUUAGGACGGGAAAAUAUUUAAGAAAAUUAAAUUUUAAAAAAUAAAAAUAAAAAUCAUAUUGAAGGUAAUGUUUCUUAAUUUAUGCUCAAGAUGUACAACCAAAAUUCAUGAAAAUAUUUGUUAAAAUAAAUAAACUGUGUAUUUCUAAUCGUAUUCUACGUCAUCAUGAAAGUAAAUUGCAAAUAAACUUUAAAAACUGUAAUUAAUUAAUCGA